UCCGCGGCGCUGGGAAGGCCCUUCUUCCUGGGAGGGGAGGACGGGGGAGGAGAAGGAGGGAGCUGCGAGCCAAGGCGGGGGCGAUCCCACCCACCCGCUCGCCCCACUGACUCCCGUCGGACAGCUACUUCCUCUCGCCUGAUCGUGGGAUCCUCCUGCCCCGGCUGCCCCAUACCGCACCAUCGUCGGCGGCAGCAGCAGCUCGUCCGAUCCUCGGCGGAGGAAGCCUCGGGAGAGCCGCUCGCUCCUGGCUCUUCCUCCUCCUCCUCCUCCGCAGCAGCCAAAACUUCUCUCCAGCUCGGAAACCUCCCGCUCCGCCGACAUGGGCAAAGCGAGCGCCGCUUUCCGUGUCUUUGGUCUGAUCCUGUUCGCCUCCGCGGUUUGGGGUGACGAUGACAUCUGUACUACACGAGGAGUAAACUCAUGUCAGCAGUGCUUGGCAGUGAACCCGCAAUGUGCUUGGUGUUCCCAGGAGGGCAUGCCCCCUGGAUUUUCCCGCUGCGACUCGAAGGACAACCUAAUUAAAAAUGGCUGUAUGAAAAACUUGAUCGAGUAUCCAGUCAGCAGCACUGAAAUCCUGGAGGAUAGGCAGCUCAGUGACAAAGGAUCAGGAAGCGACAUCACUCAGAUGACCCCACAGAAGAUCAGGCUCCACCUGCGGCCAGAUGACUCCCAAACAUUCACGGUGCAAGUGCGACAGGUGGAGGACUACCCUGUGGACAUCUACUACCUGAUGGACUUGUCCAAUUCCAUGAAGGAUGACCUCCGCAACAUCCAGAACUUGGGUACCAGGCUAGCCAUAGAAAUGCGCAAAGUGACCAGCAACCUGAGGAUUGGCUUUGGAGCCUUUGUAGACAAACCCAUGCCUCCUUACAUGUACAUUUCCCCUCCGGAAGCCAUCAAAAACCCAUGCUAUGACUUGAAGCCCCCAGAUAACCGCUGCCUGCCAAUGUUCGGAUACAAGCAUGUCCUGGCGCUCACAGAUGAGGUAAAGCGUUUCAACGAGGAGGUGAAGAAGCAGAGCGUGUCGAGGAACCGGGAUGCGCCGGAAGGCGGGUUCGAUGCCAUCAUCCAAGCGGUCGUCUGUGAUGACAAGAUUGGCUGGAGACCAGAUGCCUCCCAUUUGCUGGUCUUUACUACAGACGCCAAGACGCACAUUGCUUUAGAUGGGAGACUGGCAGGGAUCGUGACGCCCAACGACGGACAGUGCCACAUGGGAAGCAACAAUUUAUAUGACGCUUCCACCACAUUGGAUUAUCCGUCCCUCGGCUUGAUGACAGACAAACUCUCCCAGAAAAACAUCAACUUGAUUUUUGCCGUGACACAGGCCAUUGUGGAUCUCUACCGAAACUACAGUGAGCUGAUCCCUGGCACUACUGUAGGGACCCUGUCAGCCGACUCCAGCAAUGUUUUGCAGCUCAUUGUGGAUUCCUAUGAGAAAAUUCGUUCCAAGAUUGAACUAGAAGUUCGCAAUCUGCCGGAUGAAUUGUCCCUCUCUUUCAAUGCCACCUGCCUGAACAACGAAGUCAUUCCUGGAGUUAAGUCCUGCGUUGGCCUUAAGAUUGGAGACACGGUGAGCUUCAGCAUUGAAGCAAAGGUGCGUGGCUGCCCCACGGAACCGCAGAAGACUUUCACCAUCAAGCCGGUGGGUUUUGAGGACAGCCUGACUGUGCAGGUGAACUUCGACUGCGACUGCCGUUGCCAAAAGUUUGCCAAGCCGGACAGCGAUAUCUGCAGCAACGGCAAUGGCACCUUUGAAUGCGGCAUGUGCCGCUGCCACCCGGGCCGCCUGGGCACCCAGUGCGAGUGCUCCGAGGAGGAAUACAGCCCCUCGCAGCAGGAUAACUGCAGCCCCCGCCAGGGGCAGCCUGCUUGCAACCAGCGGGGAGAAUGUAUCUGCGGCCAGUGCGUCUGCUACAGCAGUGACUUCGGCAAGAUCUCCGGCAAGUACUGUGAAUGCGAUGACUUCUCCUGUGUCCGGUUCAAGGGCGAGCUGUGCUCUGGUCAUGGAGAAUGCGUCUGUGGCGACUGCGCGUGCGACCCUGACUGGACGGGAGCCUACUGCAACUGCACCACCCGGACUGACACCUGUAUGUCUAGCAACGGGCUGGUAUGCAGCGGACAAGGCCGCGGCUACUGUGCCUGCGGGAAAUGCGUCUGCACCCAGCCUGGCUCUUACGGAGAUACCUGUGAGAAGUGCCCAACCUGCCCUGAUGCCUGCACUAUCAAGAAGGAGUGCGUGGAAUGCAAGAAGUUCGAGAGGGGGACCCUGAUGGAGCAAGAGACCUGCAACCGCAACUGCCGGGAUGAGAUUGAAUUGGUGCAGGAGCUAGGAGACAAGGGGAAGGAUGCUGUGAAUUGCACUUACAAGGAUGAGAAUGACUGUGUGGUACGUUUCCAGUACUAUGAAGACUCCAGCGGCAAGUCCAUCCUCUAUGUCAUUGAGGAGCCAGACUGUCCCAAGGGGCCGGACAUCCUGGUCGUUCUCCUUUCUGUGACGGGAGCCAUUUUGCUUAUUGGCUUGGCUACUCUGCUCAUCUGGAAACUGCUCAUCACCAUCCACGACCGGCGGGAGUUUGCCAAGUUUGAAGAAGAGCGGGCCAGGGCUAGAUGGGACACGGCCAACAACCCAUUGUACAAAGGAGCUACCUCGACCUUCACCAACAUCACGUACCGUGGGAAUUCGUGAAGAGAGACAAGGCCUUGCAGGGCCUUCCUUACUGAUGUUUACAGAACAGUCUGUGUUGCGCUGGCAUGUGUGUUUUCUGUGUGCGUAUGUGUAUGUGAGAUGUUUUAACAGCUGUUGCUCAAAUGGUUCCGGAGCUUUUGCUCUGCGUUGUUCUGCUGCCGUGUGUGAACUAUGCACUAUGCUUCCGAGAUUCUCUGUUUACCUCAGCUCACCUAGUACUGUGGGCCAAGCAGACCCCUAUGCUGAAGGAGAAAGCAGGCCUCUCUCGUCAGUGGGAAGAGCAUUGCGCAAAUCCCUCGGGAGGGGACCGGACACUCUAGUUGAAUAAAAUUAAGGGGCAGGAAUGUUGAGAUGCAAUCUAACUCUGAAGGGUUUUACUAAUCAGGUUUGGAAUUGGGGAGUUUUCCCUCCAGAAACAAACUUCCCCAGUUCAGAUUAUUGCUAACUCACUCCUAGCGGAGCCCAAACUCCUCCCGAAGUUUCACACCUGGUUUGAAAUGGCUCAGCUGGUGAAAUCUGUCCCUUGCUGUCGCCACCGCCGCUGCUUUCCCUUCUCAACCGAAGUUACCAGUCAGUUGGCUCAGGUGGGCAUGGGAAAGCUUGCUUGCAAGGCCUCCCUUUUGUCUUAAGUGAUACUUACCAGCAUUUCUGGCACAAGGAUACAUGGGAGAGAUUGUUCCCAUGGAUCCCAUGGAUCCUAAUUCCUGCGGACACAACUGCAAGCAUGGCGAGACCGAACUUCUAAAUAGGUUCAGAAAUAGAAAGCAUUUUCUGGAAUUUUGAGGGGUGCGCGAAAUUAUUUUCGGAACCUAUUUCAAACUGAUCUAGCUUUUACUGUACCAAAAACAAAGCACUGCAUAAUGUUUUUUAAAUAUAUAUAAUAUACCUCUUGCUAUCUUCAUCCCCAGAGUAAGUAAAUAAGUGUUUUGUAUUUAACUUCUAGAAAAACAAGAGAUGCUGAUGUAUUUACAAGCUUGCCCCUGACCGUUUUGUGACCCUCCCUAAUCAUUCACAGGGCCCAGUUUGUUAAGGGACAAAAGGCACUCUGCACAUGCUUAAAGGUACUUCUUUUUGCACGAUGGCUCCGCGUGUUCCAAGGCUGAGCCCAUGGGUUCAAAUCAAGCCCUUUGCACAACAUCUCUCACCUUUGAGCUGCAUAGCCAACUUGAUAAUCCUGACGUGGGUUUGGGGAAGGGUCAUUGCUCACUGAUAGAGUGUGUAUUAUGUAGCAAGGCUGGGGAAGACCUGGGAGAGCUGUUUCCAGUCAGAGUAGACAGUAGCAGGCUAGAUGGCUUGGCAGCUUGACAAGGUAUUCUCCUAGGUUCACAUGAAUCAGGAGCUCCUUCGUCAAGAUGUGAUACGUGUCUCUGAGCUGUCGCUGUCUCACAUGUUCCUGAAUCCUCAGAGCCUCACCGUGGGGGCAAGAUCUUAGCUCCUGCCUUCUUACUCAGGGAACCAAAGAUUCGCCUUAAGGAGAUGAGACUCCAGGGUCCUGGGUGACCUACAAUUUUCCUCAGGUUUGUUGAAGGGGGUGGGGAAUAUGCUGAAGCAACCUGCCGAAUGAAAACCGUCUUUUUCUGGGCUUGCGUCACCCAGUACAGCUAGAUGGGUCCCACCCCCUCCAUCUUUGUUGUGAACUAUUCUGGUAGACUCGGGUAUUUUCGCCAUUGGCCCUCCUGACUGUGGAAGGUGGCUUCUCGACCUGAGACCCAUAGUCUUUAAAAGAGGUGAGGAUUCACAGAAAAGUUGACGCCCUCUUUCCUCUCCUUCCCGAUUCUCACUCCACCGCUCACGCCAGUGCUUCCAUCGCCCCAAGCUUCCCACAUGCAGGCUGGAUCCGUCAGCCAAAGUAUCUCCCAUUGCCGUCACAAACCUCUGACCCUGGAAUUAAGAAAAGGAAGCAGCAGUUAGUCUGUUGGGAGCGACAGAAUGUAGGUCGGAAGAAGUUGAGUUCACAUGGCGCCAGCUUCCAAGUUACUCCUUUUCCCGUUCGCACAGUGGAUCUACUCUUUUGGAUUUCUCAGCUCCAUCCGACCCCAGUCCCACCUGUCCUCUUCCGGUUUUGCUGCCAACUGGUGUGGAUUCUGGGAAGGAGAGAUAGGUGCCAGGAAGUGAGCCUGGGAACAUAUUUAGAAGGGGACAGGCAGGGCUGUGUUGAUUUGGUGAAAAGCAGGUCUUGUUGAGGGCAAUGAUGUGAUGGAAUGAAGACUCUUGUCACACGCAAAUAAAAUCAAAUUGUCUCAACCCACA